AUGGGUCAAUUAUUCUUCCAAGUCCACUUGCUCGCUGUCGCAGCUAUCGCUGUUGGUGUUGCUGCUCGCGGUGGUCAAGGCCAUGGUCGUCACGGCACUCAACCUGCCGAUUAUGUUAUCGUCGGUGCUGGUCCUGCAGGUCUUGUUCUGGGUGAGCAGCUUUUCGUAAUGGAAAAAAGAGCGUUGUCCUCAUUGAAGCUGGUCCGGACAGCAUCAACAAUGCUACCAUUGAUACUCCUGCGAUGCACCCUUUUAUUAGAUCCUUUUUUCGAUGCUGUGCAGAAUGAGCUGGGUCUCGAUGAGGUUGACAUGACUGAUGGCCGUGGUAUCGGCCUUGACCGAGGACUGUCUUCUAUUACUGCUAUCAAUCGCACCCGUUCCUACGGUCGUACCACUGCCGUCAGUGUCACUUACCGUGUUGAUGGUAAGGCCACUACCAUCAAGGGUAAAGAGAUCAUUGUUAGCGGCGGUGCUAUCAACACCCCCAGGCUUCUUUUACUUUCUGGUGUCGGUCCCAAAGAAACCUUGAAACCUCCCGGAAUCGAAGUCGUUGCUGGCAUCCCUGAUGUUGGUUCCAAACUUCGUGACCACGCUUUGUCAAUCAUUGAACUCGAAGUUGUCCCUGAAAUUAUACUGCAUACCAAUGUCAAUCGAACUGGAAUCCUUGGUUCCAAUAACGGUUUUGUCUACGCCGCUUUCCGUCUACCUGACUCCACCUGGGAUGGAAUUGACAGUAGCCACCACACCUCUUUGCCCGAGGACUGUCCUCACAUUCUCCUGGAGUUCUCAGCCUUGCCUUUCCUUGCAACCCCUGACAGCGCUCUCACCGCCUGGGCCAGUCUCUUCCAGCCAGAAGGUUCUGGUUCUGUCACUAUCAACACGGCCGACUACACCGUAGAUCCAUUAAUCUACACCAACUACUACUCCACCGAAGCCGAAAGGGCUGCUAUCAUCGUCGGUUUCAAGAUCCUGAUGAACGUUAUCCAGAAUGAGGAAAUCAAGAAGCUCACCAUCAACCAGAUUUACCCUACGACUCCACUGACAACUGAUGAUGAAAUCUGGGCUGUUAUUCAAGCUCAGACUGACACUUUCCACCACCCCAUGGGAACAGUAGCUAUUUGCAUCCGUGUUGUUGACUCGAGCACUUUCCCUUUGCCUGUCACUUGUCACCCUCAGGCCACAGUUUAUGCUUUAGCCAACCGAGCUGCUAAGGAUAUCAUUGCAGCUGAUGCUGAUGAUGAGAAUUAA